AUGGUGGCUUCGGCCACUUCUGCGGUGAUGAUCCUCUAUACGAGCUUCACUGCCACGACGAGCUUCAUGGUCUUCGGACUCUUAGAGGAAGACUACGCGAUCGCGCUGUUUGUGGUGGGGCUAGCGGCUACGGCCGUCGGGCAGGUUGUCGUCAACCACCUCGUCAAGAAGUACAAGCGGACAAGCUUUAUCGUGCUGUCCAUCGGGGCGGUUGUUGCCUUGAGCGCGGUUAUGAUGGGGGGACACAGCCUCUACAAUUUCAUGUUCCCGAAUCCAGACGAGGAGGGAGGGGGGGGCUUCUGUUCGGUCGGGGAGUGAGGGGGGGGAGGAAGCAACACAGCAACACCAGCACCAGCACCAGCAGCAGGGGCGGGGGAUCAGCGCAAACGAUGAUUUCUUGGGAGGAUGGCUUUCGGCUGGCGCGGAGCAGCAGCGGAAAAGUACGGGGGCCUUGAGGGGGACGGGAGAAUUCGCUCGUUCCGGAGGUGUGCUGCGGACCGUCGCGAGGAGAUUGGAGAAUCGUUACGGUUUUUCCCCGCGAUGUGUACCUGUGCGUGUGGUGUGAUUAUGUUGGUCGCUUGUUUUGUGUCUCGACACACGGUCCGUGACGCUUGUCCACACAAUUGUCGUGCGGGCCUGCUCUUUGACUAGUAAUUGCGCCGCAUAGGCACGGCACGGCGAAAGCAGUAGCAGCAAGAGAGAAAAGAGAGAAAGAAAACAUGUGGGAGAGAGAAACCCCCCAACACCUUGUGGUUCACUUAUUCUGCCGCCAUAUCAUACAUAGCUUAGGAGAAUUUCGUCGCCGUAGGCGCUUGCAGUCCCGAUGAACCAGUCGGACUCACUGAAAUUAGUGCCUCGCUGCUGUUGACCCAGCCCGAUCCGAUUUGGCCGCGUUUUUCUUCCAAGACCGAUCUCCGUACGUACAUGCAGCGAUGAAUAUUUUUUGAGAAGCGCACUCGGUUGCGAAAGGCCACAAGACAAUGGAAACCCCGGCACCGCUAGCUGUGCGGUAAUAGUGUGGCGCUUUUCAACAAGAACAGGGCAUGAGAGGGCGGGGAGGGGGGGACCUUGGUUGCUGUUUCCCCGGGGCAUGAUUGUGGAUUUAUUAUUCAAGGCGAGACUG